GUUUCGUUGGCGGUCUCAAUUUCUAAUGGCCAUCUCUGCUGCUGGUUUCUCAUUCCGCGAAAAUGGAAUUUCGGAUGAAACGAUCCAUACUGAAAUCAAAACGCAUCUCGAGGGGGCUAAUACCGAUGGCUGGGAGCUCGUACGGAAUGAAGAAAAUUCGAAAGUGCUGCGACGGCUGCGUGAUGGUAGCGGUUUAUACGAAUUUCGUUGCUCCGGUUCAUAUGAGUAAAU